UAGUUAUAUAAUAGCGUUUUGUUGAUAACGUUUGAAAAAUGAAAAUUAUGUGUUCAACAAUAUAACGUUUUUCAUGCGUUUGUGUAACGAGUUCCUGUUCGAGUCAAUGGUUGUCAGACACACAGUGACGCUCAUUAAUAAUAAUAGUUAUAGAAAUUACUGGCAAGCCACACAUUUGAUGACUAUUAAGCUUUUUUGUGUGUGUACUUAACCGAUUACACAAUCUCGUUCAACUUGAAUGUGUUUCGUUGUUUGACAUCAAUCUUAAAAAUCAUGCAUUCUCCACUGUUCUGUUACCCACCGGUGACCAAUACCACUCUAUCAUCAACAUUAUUAACCUCUGUUGAUCCAAACAAGUACUGUUAUUCGUUGAUUGAGCGUAUCAGAGUGAUCACGAACUAUAUUGACGAUGCAGAAGAAAGAGAUUUAUACAACAUCUAUAGAGAGAUUGUAUUUGAAAUUUUUGGACGGGGCUCCGAUAAAGGAUGGGCAUUAGAUAAACUCAAGACAAAUGUAAAUGAUGAUGUAAUAUACAUUUGCCAAGAACCAGAUAGCGUGUAUCACUUUUUAUGUAGCAGUGGCCAUAUUUUUAAAUUAUGUUACAAGUUGUUGUCUAACAAUUUGUUAAAAUUUAGUAUUUAUUUUUCUGAUUUACCAAUUGAGCUUAGACAAAAAAUUGAUAAAUCAUUUGGACAAUCUUAUUAUGGUUCACGGUUGUUGUACCAUGCUGAUUCAAUUUCACCCAUUGGAUUAAACUUGAAUGCUUUUGAAUACUAUAUGUUUCAUUUUGCCAUUUAUGGGUUAAAGUUAACCUCUGAUGAUAUUUACAAUGAAAAUAAUAAUUCUAACGAACAAUCUGUGUACAAAUUAUUGUGCUUAGAGUAUUUAAAAUUUUUUUUGCCUUUAGACAAUUCUGCAUCUAUGAUUUUACCUCAAAUACAAUUCAAUGUUUUAUCACCAAUUCCUAACCAAAAAAAAAAUACAAAUACCAGUAAACUAUUGAAUUUUAUAAAAAAAGAUGUUGCUUUUAAUGAUAUAUUGACUGAUAAAAUCCAAAGGUCAUCUUGGAUGUUAACAUCAGAAGCAACAUGGCGUAGUGAAGUUGUAGCAUUUUUUUUUGCUGACCUCUGGUUAAAUUAUAACUUGUUUAAUAAUGUACCAUGCAUUGAAUUAACUAAGCUAAUUAGAUGUUUUAUAAAACAUUUACAUUUGUAUUCAAACUGUGCUAAAUAUCCGCCAGUAGACAAUUUAAAACUAAUAUUGUUGGUUCGUCAUGGUAUAAAAAUCUAUCAGUAUUUAUCAUACUACAUGGUUAAUUGGCCACAGGAUUUUUCAUUUCGCCUUUUGCUUGAGAAUUGGCUUUGUUAUAUUCAACCUUGGCGUUAUGAUGAUUUAUCUAAGCAGCAAUGUUCUAUCACAGAUUUAGAAAUGAAUGAUAAAUGGAGAAUAUUUGUCAUCAGAAACUUACUGUGUUAUACCAAAUUAUUUUAUCUUGCUAUACAAAGAUUUAUUUGUAUUGAUGUGUGUUCACCAAGAUAUUCAAUUAUGGUUUAUCGGAUGUUAAAAGUUUAUACUCACCCAUAUUUAUUGAAAAUGGUACUUGAUAUAGAACAUAUGUAUAUGAGCAACCAACUACAACAUAAAAAAUGGAAUAUACUAUUGAGUGAAUGUUUGCUUGAGGCCGAAGGUCCAUCGUUCAAAUAUGAAUUAAUGUUUUCAGAAGAACGUAAUCGUGAAUAUAAACUAUUUUAUUUGAAACUACAAAAAUCACUAGAUUAUGUUGCUGUGGAAUUGAAUCGCUUUCAAGAAGACACAGUUGAUAGAAAUAAUUCAUCAAUGUUGGAAUUAAUAUUAACACCUAGAAAAAAUAAAAUAUCGGAUUAUACUCUUGAUGAAUGGACAGAUAUUCAAACAAAUCUUAAAUCAUCAUUAAUGUUCAUGGAGCAUAUUAUUAAUGUUAAUGUUACAACUAUACCAAUGAUGACCGAUUUUUCAACAUGGUCUAUUUCUGGCACCAGUGGAAAUAAUACUACGUCUAGCAUCUUCAAUAAAAGCCAUUCAUUUCUUCAGUCUUUUGAAAGAAGUGCAAUAAAUUUAUCUUCUAGACCUGUAAUUCGUGCAAAAGAAUGGGAGAUUGACCCAGAUUAUUUGGAAGCUUUAUCAUAUGAAAACUAUUUCCUUGUUAAUUUAAGCAAAUACUUAAGAAAUACUGUUGAGUCAUAUUUCAAUUCAUAUAUACUGCGUUUUUCGACAGAAAAUUCCAUUUUUUCUGGCAUAAUGCGUCAAGCAUUAUUAAGAAAACCAAUGAAGAUAUUUUCCUACGAGCCUAGAAAUGAUGGAUCUGGAAAACGUGUCAGAACACCUAAAAUUCUUCCACCCACUAUAAGUUUUCGGUGGAUGGCAUCAUACUUUAUGCUUUUUUGGAUUUUAUUUUUGUUAACAUUAACUCUGGUAUUUAACAACAUUAGCUUUUGGAUAGGCCUAUUCUUUUUCUUACGUAUUAUAUAUUUUUAUCUUAAAUAUUUGUUCGGCUAUGCACCACCAUUCAAAUGGGACAAUAUUCAUGAAGACUAGUUAUCUUGGUAAUGUUUUUCUCAUUCAUAUUGCUAAAUGUCAUUUUUAAGUUAUAUAACUAAAUUUGUACUGAAUUUAAACUUAUUAGUAUGAUUAUUGUUUUUAUAUA